UUCAGCAGCAUGCGGUGGCCCCGCCGGGAGAAGCCGGGCGGCGGGGCGAAGGAGGAGGACGCCGGCGAGGGCUCCGAGGGCCAGGCCAGUCCCAGCAUCCUCAAUACAGGCUCCCUCACCGCCAGCCUGGAGUGCAUCAAAGAGGAGGCAGCGCCGGGAGCACCCCUGGACGCCGCGGGGAGCUCCCCAGUGUCCAGGGAUGGAGAGCAGCCAGUGGGUCUCCUGGCCACUGAGGUCAUGCCCACCCCGGACCUGGCACCGCAGCCAGCCCCAUGUGGCCCUGGAGGAGAGGAGCCUCCCAGGAUUCUGCCCCAGGAUAAAGAGCUUCAUCCUGAACCCCCUGGUAGUGAUGGCCAAGAGAUCAAGGAGGACUCAGCUAAAACAGGCUGUGGGGACAUUAUUGCUGACCAGGAGGAUGACGUGGGCAGCGGCGGUGGCAGUGGUGGAGGUGGAAGUGAGAGGAGUGCCCCUGGGAUUGGAAAAGCAGGGGCCUCGAAGAAGCCUACCAGCGUGGUGACUUACCAGGGAGGAGGAGAAGAGAUGGCCAGCCCUGAACAGGUGGGAGACACUUGUACUCCGGAGUUUUGGGAUUUAUUGUCAUGCACUGAGGAGAAAUCACAGGGGACAUCAGGAAGGAAGGAAUCACCUGAGACCUACAAAGGUGAUAAGACAGUCAGGAGAGUUCAGGAUGGGGCAGCAAACGGGAAGCACAUUGGUCUUAGCCAGAUUCCAGUUCAUCACCACAAAGAAGACCAGAAAAAUAGAGAAAAGGAGCAACAGGAAGCCAUCCCCAGCAGUGAUGAGGGCUAUUGGGAUUCUACUACACCUGGACCUGAAGAAGACAAUACUAAUAGUAUUCAGAAAGAGGUAAUUCCCAGGGACAGCUACAGUGGGGAUGCUCUCUACGAUCUGUAUACUGAUCCAGAUGAAAACACAGCAACUGUGACUUCUGCAGAAAAUAUCACCCCAGUGACUUGUUGCAAGCCAUUAUCUCCAAUAACAACUACUUGUCCAGUCAAAACCCAUACAACUUCACUCAAGGAUUCCAAGAUACCCAUCAGUAUCAAGCAUUUUACAUCGCCACAUGGUAGCCAUGGCCAGGAUUCCAGUAAUAGCCAUCACAUUGUACACCAUCAGCCUACCAAAAGUGAGAUCCCUAGAACAAAAAUCCCUGUUUCAAAAGUGCUUGUACACCGAGCCAGUUACCGAAGCUUAACAGGGACAACAGGUAAAGCAGCCACAUAUCAUGAAAGUGCCAAAAAAUAAAAGGAAAUAAUAAUGGGCAUCUCAGUCUUUUCAGGAACCCACUAAUAAGCAGCUUGGCCUUGACCUCAUCUAAAGGAAGACACUUCCAUGUGCCCCUUUUAUGAAUGAUGAAUGCAAGGGACAAAUGCUUCUCAAUUCCAUCUUGAAAUACAACUUGUGUGUAUG